GUCGCAUGUCACAGGACGUGUGAUUUCGGCACUCGCCGGUCGCCAUCGCGGGCUAGAUCGUACCAUGAUCAGGUUCAUUCUUGUACAGUUCUUCAAAGAACAGGCAAGGCAAGACGCGUCUGUCGAAGUGUGUGUUGAUGGAGGCUUCGCUGUAAAGGUCCGCCUGAGAGGCGAGGUGCACCGGCUUGUCGCGCCACGAGACCAGAAGUAUCAGUCCAACUUUGUCGAGUUCCGCAAUUUCAAAGUCGUGUAUCGGCGAUACGCAGGGCUCUUCUUUUGUGUCUGCGUAGACGCAAACGACAACGAACUGGCGUAUCUCGAAGCUAUCCACUUCUUCGUCGAGGUGCUUGACACUUUCUUUGAUAACGUCUGCGAGCUCGAUCUUGUUUUCAACUUCUACAAGGUCUACGCGAUCCUCGACGAAAUCUUUCUCGCAGGCGAGAUCGAAGAAACAAGUAAGGAGGUUGUGCUGAGUCGCUUGGAGGAGCUUGAAAAACUGGAAUGAGAUGCUCGCUAUGUGCUGUGUUCAUAUUUAUCCAAACAGAAUCAUAUGUUGUAUCACACUGCGCAGUCGUGGCCCGUAAGUACGAGGCGACCCACAGUAGCUUCUUGUACGGUAAAACGUUUUGGAAUGGCUUGUCCUCCUUCAUCAACCAUAAGUACUUGGCAAUAUCAGCAGAUGAAGCCUA